ACUUUAUUUUCAUAAUACAACUUUUUCUUGUAAACCUAUGACUUUAUUCUCGUAAUAUUAUGACUUUAUUCUCGAUUCUCCGAUUUAUUUUUUUCCUAAAUGUGGCCCUAAUACUCCGUCGUAAUGAUGAACUGUGGUUGUGGAGUUGGAAAGACAUACAGUAUUAUGCUAUAUAGAAUUAUGGGAAAUGUAGGAUUAAAAUCUAUAUUACAUAGACACACUAAAUUGCUUCCAUUUGAGCCCAAAGUUUAAACUUGAAAAUGAAUCUCAAUUUUUGAACUAGGGGUAGUGUAACUAAAUCUGUUCAGACACUUUCAGCCCUGAGGGUGAAUCAUUGAAAGAAUAGAAAAUUAAUCAAAUGAACCAAAUCAAUUUAUGACUCGAACAUGAAAUUUGUUGACGCAUCGAAUCAAAAAUCUAAUUUGCAUCACUGUUGGAUUAAAUCGUUACGUCCCUGGUGUCCGUGUAUGUAUUCAUGUGAGUGUGUGUGUUUAUGAGAGACACAGAGAGCCCUUCCCCACAGCGAUGGCCCCGGAGCAGGACUGGAGCAGAGGCGUGGAUGGUCGCGGGGGGCAACGAGCUCGGACCCAGAUGCCAGUGUCCAGUGUCGGGGAGGACAGAGCCAUCCUGCUUGGCUUCGCCAUGAUGGCCUUCUCUGUGCUCAUGUUCUUUGUGGUCGGCAUCACUAUGGUCAAACCCUAUGUUAACAGUAAAUGGGAGGAGGAGGCCAGCUGUGUGCUGCUGCAAGCCGACAUCCUGGAGGAGUGGGUGGACUGCAGAGGUGUGAGCACUGUGCCUUGCCUCAGGGUGACGGUUAACCUCACAGACUCCAAUCAGAGAACUUUUCUCCACUUUGACGAGGAGUCGGUCCUCCUUGCUCCUGAGUGUUUCUACAUACCCAAAUGUCAGAUGGACAGAGCAGAACUACAGGAUGAAGUCCUGAAAGUGAAAAGCAACUUGGACGCUCAGCUGGGGAGCACUUCGCCGUGCUUCACUGACCAUGCGAGGCACCCCGGGGACGCCGUCCUGAGCAGGAAGUACACCUUUAAGAAGGCCCUGUUUGCAUUGCUGUGGCCCUGUCUGAUGCUGGGCGGCGGAGCUCUGGUGGUGGGCCUCGUGAAGCUGACACAGUGCUUAGCCCAUCUCUCCUCUGAGGUGUGCAGUGAGACUGCAGUGGGCAGGCUGACAUCGAGGUACACUCAGGGCAAACUGUACAGAAUCCUCCGGAGGUCCAGCACGCAGUCUCCUUCAUGACAGUGUUUGUGCUUCAACAUACCAAAGAAUGUAAAUAUGUAACUUGUAUAUAAUGUGAACCAGGGCUGGUAUGUGCGGCAUUAAUAUAGCAGCAAACAAUGAUUUUUUUAUGUAAAGAUACAGAUGAGUAAUGUCUACCUGAGCAGAGAAUGAAG